AUGGACUCAUGCAAACCGGUUGCUACACCGGUUGAUACUCAGUCUAAAUUAUCUGCUGACUCCGGACCGCUUCAUGAUGAUCCGUCUACCUAUCAAAGCCUUGCCGGAGCUUUGCGAUAUCUCACUUUUACUCGACCCGGCAUCUCCUAUGCUGUUCAGCAGAUAUGCAUGCACAUGCACGCUCCACGUCUCGAUCAUUGGAAUGCCUUGAAACGCAUCUUGCGCUAUCUUCAAGGUACUACAGAGUUUGGUCUUCAUCUGGGUUCGGUUCCACACUUACGUCUAGUUGCCUAUACUAAUGCAGACUGGGCAGGAUGCCCUGACACUCGUCGAUAUACGUCAGGCUACUGUGUUUACUUGGGUGAUAAUCUGAUUUCUUGGUCUUCCAAACGACAGUCCACUAUUUCUCGCUCCAGAGCUGAAGCCGAAUACAGAGGUGUCGCGAAUGUGGUUGCGGAUAUUUGUUGGUUACGUAAUAUUCUUCUCGAGCUUCAUCAUCCUCUCCCUCGUGCUACCUUGGUCUACUGCGAUCGUCAGUGCUGUCUAUCUAUCCAGAAACCCUGUGCAACAUUAGCGCACUAA